AUGCUGAAGAAACUAGAAGUGACCAUGCCGUUUCACGAGGUAAUGCUUCAAAUCCCGUCCUACACCAAAUUUGUGAAGGAUAUUCUUACGAAGAAGAGGACGGUUGAGAAGGAGACAGUGGCACUGAGCACCGAGGUGAGUGCUGCCAUACUGCAGACAGAGUUACCGCGGAAGAUGGUUGAUCCCGAGGAUGUGCCUCUUAAGAUAGGGAAAUUCUAUGUCCCCGUCGACUUUGUGGUUCUAGACAUGCCGGAGGCUUCCAAAAUCCCCAUCAUACUUGAGUCUUCCUUCUACCUAGACCUGAUCGACACGUUGAUCGACGAAGUGAGGGAUGAAUUUAGAGAGUCAGAUCCCCUCGAGAUGGCAUUGAACGCGGUCGCCUUUGAAACUCUGAAGAAGGCAUUGAUCUCUCCACCCAUCAUUCAGCCACCGGAUUGGGAAGCUCCCUUUGAGCUUAUGUGCGACGCUAGCGAUUUUGCAGUGGGGGUUGUUUUGGGUCAGAGGAGAGACAGACCACCGGAUUGGGAAGCUCCCUUUGAGCUUAUGUGCGACGCUAGCGAUUUUGCAGUGGGGGUUGUUUUGGGUCAGAGGAGAGACAGAAAGCUCCACGCCAUAUACUAUGCGAGUAGAACGUUAGACGAUGCUCAGAUGAAUUAUUCUACAACCGAAAAGGAGCUACUCGCCAUAGUAUUUGCCUUUGAGAAGUUUCGGUCUUAUUUUGUCGGUUCGAAGGUGAUCGUCUAUACCGACCAUGCUGCCUUGAGAUAUCUCCUAUCCAAGAAGGAUGCCAAGCCGAGGUUAAUCAGAUGA